CCCGGACCGACCUCAUCUGGACCUAUUGCUCUCCGCACUGUCGCACAGCAAGCACUACCUGAGGUAACAAGUACGCUACCACCAGUGCACAACACCCAACAAUGGCCUCCGACGGGAAGAAUGCCUACUACGCCGAGAAGCCAAGCUCGAGCGCUUCCGAUUUCGACCACCCCGUCGCCGCUGGCCAAGUAGGAAAGCUUCGAAGCCGCCUACCGGGAUUCAGCCUUGCUGUACACCAAGAGGAAAGCAGUUUUGCUGCCACCAAGAAUGCCUCCAAUGCCGAUUUCGACCCUAUUCCUCCCUCCAAGCGCACCUGGACAUGGAAGGCUUACAUUGCCUACUGGUGCGCUGAUGCCUGGGCUGUCUCGAACUGGCAAGUCGCUUCAUCCAUGAUUGCCGUCGGUCUCAGCUGGAGAAUGGCCAUCGGUGCUUGUGUGCUCGGAAACGCCAUCAUGGGCUUGGUCAUUACCAUCAACGGCAGAAUCGGCGCAACUCUCCACACUCCCUUCCCGGUCCUCGCCCGUAUGCCGUUCGGCUAUUACUUUAGCUACUUCGUCGUCCUCUCCCGCUGCGUGCUGGCUAUUGUCUGGCUUGGUGUUCAGACCACCACUGGUGGCCAGUGCAUGGCCGUACUGUUGACUGCCAUCUGGCCAAGCUUCAAAAACAUUCCAGACACGAUCGGAGAAGCAUCACAGGGAAUCUCAACCGGCGGAAUGGUCGCUUUCCUGCUCUACUUCCUGCUUCAGCUGCCUUUCUUGUGCAUUCCUUACACCAAGGUCCAGUACUUCUUCGGAUUCAAGUCCAUCAUUGCACCUAUUGUCUUUCUGGCCAUCUUCGGAGACACCUUGCGCAGGGCUGGCGGCACUAUCAGCCAGAGCGAGGUCGUAACCAAGGGCACCACAGUCAGCGGCUCUGUCCUCGCAUGGGCCUUUUUCUCCAACCUCAAUGGAGUACUGGGAAAUUACGCAACCCUCGGCUUGAACAUUGCCGAUUUCUCCCGGUAUUCCAAUAAGCCCAGUGCACAGAAUGUCCAGGUCAUUGUCAUUCCAUUCAUUUUCACCGUCGUUGGCCUCCUCGGUAUCUUUACAGCUGCAGCCUCAGAGACCGCCUACGGCAAGAUCAUCUGGAACCCUAUUGAAAUUCUCGACUUGUGGCUGGAGAACGGAUCCCAUGGGAGCCGCGCUGCAGCAGCGUUUGCGGCAAUUGGAUUGAUCAUUGUUACCUUGGGUAUCAACAUUUCGGCAAAUUCCAUCUCUGCCGCCAACGAUCUCAUGGCCUUUUGGCCCAAAUACAUCAACAUUCGUCGUGGUCAACUGAUUGCCGCUGUGAUUGGAAGCUGGGCUUUCGUCCCGUGGAAAAUCCUCGCAUCUGCUGCCAAAUUCAUCGCUUUCCUCGGAGGAUAUACCAUUUUCCUCGGCCCAAUGACCUCUAUACUCAUCACUGACUAUUUCUUCGUACGAAAAACCAACGUCUCCGUCCCCGACAUGUACAACUUCCAUGGAAUCUACCGAUACUCUCCCAAAUUCGGUUCCAACUGGCGCGCAGUCGUCGCAUUCUUCUUCGGUUGUAUCCCUCCUCUUCCGGGCUUCGUGGACAAUAUUCAAAAAUCCGGCGGCUCCACCACCAGUGUUUCCAUUGGUGGGCAACACUUGUUCGCCAUUGGAUACAUUUACUCCUUCAUCACCGCUGGUGUCUUUUACUAUCUCUUCAACGUGUUUGCGCCUCAUGUCGAAUCACAAAUGGAUUAUCCUGUUACUGGAGAGGAGAUUUUGAUUGAACAGGAUGAGAAGAAUCUCUCGCAGCGUCGGGCGAGUUAUGCGGAGAAUGGACGGCCUAAUGCUCUUCGGAGAGCUUUUCAUGUAUGAGUCGUUUUUUUUUUCUUUGCUUUUUGGCUUGGAUGAGAAACUCGAAAAGAAGAAAGAGAGAGAGAGAAAGAGAGGGAGAGAAGAUCUACCAUAUUGUUACGAUGAUGAUGAAGAUGAAGUUUUUUUCACGAGAAAUAUACGACAGGAAAGGCACAAGACAGCGAAAAAGUGCGCUGAUGGAUGGAGCGAGUUUGAUUUUUUUUUCCUUCUACUAAAGAUACCUGACCUAGCUAGUUGUGAUGAUUAUACACAUAUAGAGGGAGAGAGAGCGAUUGUAAGAAAAGUACCUACC